CCUUCUUAGCCCCCAGCAAGCUGAAAGCGGGGCAGGGCUGCGGUACCAAGCUGCGAUGCUUCCUCCACCCUGGGGAGCAGCGAUCUGGAUGGGUUCAGGAGAGGUGGAUGUGAAGAUGUUGGUUUCCUCCUGCCUCCUUUGCAGCAGCUUUGUCCUGGCUUGUGCCACAAUUUUCUUUGGUUUUCAUGUUCACAAGCUGGAUUGUGCCCAGUUCCAAGUCCUGGGGUCUGAUCACCCCAUCACGGCCACCGUGGGAGGGGACGUCGUUUUGCCCUGUCACCUCUCCCCCAGGAUGAACGCCGAGCACAUGGAGAUGCCCGAGUACCAGGGGAGAACAGAGUUUUUGAAAGGGGGUGUCUCCAAUGGAAACGUUUCCUUGCGGAUCCUCAGGACCAGGCUGAGCGAUGAGGGACAGUACCAGUGUCUCAUUAAAGAUGGGAAUUUUUAUGAAGAAGCCACUCUGGAGCUGAAAGUAGCAGUUUCAGGUUCCAGCCCACUUUUGUCCGUGGAGGAUUACCAAGAUGGGGGAAUCCGAGUGGGAUGUCGAGCAGCUGGCUGGUACCCAAAGCCUGAGAUGCUGUGGAGAGAUUUCAGGGACAGCAGCUUCCUUCCUUUACUGAAUCUACCUCCCAAGACAAGAACGGCUUCUUCCAGGUAGAAAAGACCAUCAUCAUCCACAAAAACUCAAAGCAAAACCUGUCCUGUUCUGUCCAGAACACUCGACUUCCCCAGGAGAAGGACUCCUCAAUUUACAUAUCAGGUGAGCUGCUGCCGGAAUUAA